AUGUUCUCAAGGAUGGGUGUAAAGAAAAAUAAAAUACUAGCCAUGGCGGCUGCAGCGCUGCUGCUUGUUUUGUGCAUUGCCGCGUUUUUCUCGAUUAGAAUGUACAUGGGAAAAUCUAAACCGAAGAAGGUUUCCACCAAAGCGAAUGCUGUGCCAGUAGCCACAAACUUUUGGGUGGCUACAGAUAUGCAAGACUUAGACGCAAUUCUUCUGUAUACCGCCGAGAAGAUAGGCGACAAAAAGUUUCUGCAGAGGCCUCUGCUGACAGCAGCGGCUAAUGACGCUGCAAGCGAUGUGGAGAAGAGAAAUGAGGCCAAAGCCCGGCAGGCCAAAAUGGAGAAGGCGCUUGCCAGUUUUAUAAAAAAGAACAUUGACUUUGUGGAAAAGAACAAAAGCCCCAUGAACCGGAUUGUCAGAGACGUUUUGAAGAGCCACACGUACUUAAGAUACAUGCUGCUGGCCAGCGAAACUCCGGAAAAAACGCUAAUUAAUCUAAAGCUUCUCGACAGCAGAGGGGAAGUUUCCCAGAAAACCAUUGAAAACACAGUUGACUGGCUGCUGAGUGGGCAUAAGAAAAGGACCAUUGCGGUCAUAAAGAACUUGCUGUCUGCCGAGCUUGCAAAGACCGAAAUAGGCGACCGCAUGGAAGCCACAAUCACGGUUCUGCUGCAGAUCAUUGCAAACAGCCCACCCCGCGCCACAGCCAGCAGAGCAGUGAACGACUCCGACACGCUCUGCACUGUUUUGUGCCAAAUUGAGAAAGAAAUACAACGGCUGAUAUACUCGCACAACAUGUGCAACAAUAAGAUAAACGCAAAAAACAACAUGCAGUAUACCCAGACGGAGAUAAACGAGAUUGCAAGCAAAAUGAAGAAGUUCCACAACAUGCAAAAGCUGGGACACAUGACCGAGCAGGAGUACACGCUGUAUGCAAUCAUUGGGCUGGUUUCUGAGGUGCAGUGUGCAGCGAACAUGGACAACCAAAUGUAUCUUGAAACGCUCUCCAGCAGGCUAAAAAAGAUUAUAAGCGUGGAUAUUCUAGGCAACGACCUCCUGGAUGUAAACAGCGGCUUCCCGAUGUUUACCGCUGAGCUUCAGGAGUACAUUGGAGUAGACUCCGGUAAUGGCGACAUGGGGGUUUUUGUUAAGAGCAUACACGAUAGAAGCAAAGCCAUAGAAAAGCUGGUGUACGAAAUAAGCCAAGGAAACGGGAAAGUCGAUGAUAUUAAAAAGCUGGGAGAUCUAAGCAACAUGAUAGACAUGCGGCUAAAGGAGAUCAAGCAGGUUGCAGGGUUCACAGGGAUAUUUGUUACGUACAUUUCCACAUUGGUAGACUACACAUUGGGAAGCAAUGCACACGAGUACAUGCUUGUCGAAAUGGCUAGGUGCUAUAUGUCGCUCAUUGAGCACAAACUUUCCUUGCCCGUUGAAGACACUCUUCUGUUCAAGCUAGAGAACAGCACAAUUGCUCGCAAGCUUGUUCAAUUGGAAGCCGAAAAAGGAAAAAUGCAGUGUAUUGACAUGCAUUCCCAGGAGGUGUAUCUUUUCAAGCGCGAGGAGAAGACAGGAAGCGAGCCACAGUGUUUGGUAAAGAGAUGCAUCGAGGGGUGCGCACUCAAAAUGAAAAAUGUGAUGGCCGCUGUCAAUGCAGGCAAACAAAAAUAG